GGGGGCACAUUAGCUUCUUGGACAAAUCUUUCUGCCCCACUGUCAGGUAGUCGAGAGUUUGUCGGCCCAAAGCACUGGCAGACAUGGACAUGGCAGACUACAGCGAGGCCCUGGACCCAGCCUACACCACGCUGGAGUUCGAAAACAUGCAAGUGCUCCCCUUGGGCACAGACUCUUCACCGGCAGAAAGCACCAACAUGAACGCUCCCGGCCACCUGGCAGUGGGCAGCCUGUGUGCCAUAUGUGGCGACCGAGCCACCGGCAAACACUACGGGGCCUCCAGCUGUGACGGCUGCAAGGGCUUCUUCAGACGCAGCGUCCGCAAGAACCACAUGUACUCGUGCAGGUUCAACAGACAAUGCAUUGUGGACAAAGACAAGCGGAAUCAAUGCAGAUACUGUCGACUGAAGAAGUGCUUCAGAGCUGGCAUGAAGAAAGAAGCUGUGCAGAAUGAAAGAGACAGAAUCAGCACCAGGAGGUCCAGCUAUGAAGACAGCAGUUUACCGUCCAUCAAUGCACUCAUCCAGGCAGACAUGCUGUCGAGACAGAUCACCUCCCCCGCUCCCAUACUGAACGGCGACAUAAGGGCCAAGAAGAUCGCCACCAUCACGGAUGUGUGCGAGUCCAUGAAACAGCAGCUGCUGGUCUUGGUGGAGUGGGCCAAGUACAUCCCGGCCUUCUCUGACCUGCCCCUGGAUGACCAGGUGGCGCUGCUGCGAGCUCAUGCCGGAGAACACCUCCUGCUCGGCGCCGCAAAGAGGUCCAUGCUGUACAAAGAUAUCCUCUUAUUAGGGAAUGACCACAUCAUUCCCAGAAACUGCCCGGAGUUGGAGGUGGGCAGGGUAUCAGUGAGGAUCCUGGAUGAGCUGGUGCUUCCCUUCCAGGAGCUCCAGAUAGACGACAAUGAAUAUGCCUGCUUGAAGGCCAUAGUUUUCUUUGACCCAGACGCCAAAGGUCUGAGUGACCCUGGAAAAAUCAAGCGGAUGCGAUAUCAGGUCCAGGUAAGCCUGGAGGACUACAUCAACGACAGGCAGUACGACUCCCGGGGCCGAUUCGGGGAGCUGCUCCUGCUGCUGCCGACGCUACAGAGCAUCACCUGGCAAAUGAUCGAACAGAUCCAGUUCGUCAAACUCUUCGGCAUGGCCAAGAUCGACAACCUGCUACAGGAAAUGCUUCUCGGAGGUUCUGCCAGUGAAGCUCCACACGCACCUCACUCGCUGCACCCUCACCUGGUUCAAGAGCACCUCAGCAGCAACGUAAUAGUGGCCAGCAACAUGCCAACGCCGAUCCAUAACGGUCAAAUCUCCACUCCUGAAACCCCGAUCCCGUCUCCGCCUACUGCCUCCAGCUCAGAACAUUAUAAAAUGGCUCAGGGGGUCAUAGCCACCGUGCCGAAGCAGCCAACCUCAAUCCCUCAGCCUACCAUUACAAAACAAGAGGCCAUCUAACAACCCACUGAAUACUUAGUCCUUCAAUUUUCUUUUUAUUGUAAUAAACCACAGUCUUUAUAUGUAAGUUCAAACACAAUCAGCAUUGAAGCUGUUAACUUGACAGAAACAAUGCGGUAGCUACAUAUAUAUAAAACGUAAUUUCCAACCGUGUCCCUUGCAGAUUGCUAGUCUGAGUCGUCAGGGAUCUAUUCGUUCACACAUGCAGCUGCAGUUGAGCUCCAGGCAGAAAAAACUAUCAGCGUUGAAACUUUUCCAGGAAAAAACUUGUUGUUCUACUGUUGUAUAUAGAGUUUAUUAUCGGGUAACGCCACAUCCUUUAGCGUGGCCUCAGUGUGUGCAGUGAGACAUGGUGGUGUGAUCAUGUCACUAUACUUUAUGAAUGUUACAACAGGCCUUACAUUGUCAUGUAUUUAGUGUUGAACAGUAUUUUUAUUUUAUGUUCAUUAGUGAUAAAACGGCUUUCAGACAUGAGCUCGGAAAAUGUCAUUUUAUCAAAGCUUCUUGGGGCCUCUUGAAUAUUCUGUGACAAGACUAAACUAUAUGUUUGUUUUUUUCUAUGCUGGAAAAAUGCAUAUUUACAAUAGUAAAAUGUAACAUGUUAAUAACAUUUGCACCAAGAAAUCUUGGUACAUGAGGUGAACUCUGUGGUGCCACUUUGUAAAAGUCACAUGCAGACACACUGAGGAAGUUUCCCAAUAAUAUGUUGCAUUGGUUUUUAAAACUAUAUAUUAUAUUUUUUGUUUAGUACUUUGUAAUGGUUUGACUGAUGGAAUGAAUUGUGCCUUGUAACCUGUAGCCUACUGCCUUUCAAAAACAGGCAAUGUUUCAUCUCACAAUGUGAACAUGAAUUAAUAAAUCUCAAGAUCUAUUUUUA